CAAUGACAUUCUAAACAAUUCUGUGCUUCCAACUUUGUGGCAACAGUUUGGGGAAGGCCUGGGACCUCACUAAUUCUCUUGUUGCUAAAUGGAUGUAAGUCCCUGCAGCAAUGUUCUAACAUCUAGUGGAAAGCCUUCCCAGAAGUGUGGAGGCUGUUAUAGCAGCAAAGAGGGGACCAACUCCAUAUUAAUACUCAUGAUUUUGGAAUGAGAUGUUCGACGAGCAGGUGUCCACAUACUUUUGGUCAUGUAUUUACAUUUUCUAUUUUUUCAUAAGUGUAAUGUGACUGUAAGAGAAAGGUUGGAAUGUCUGACUGAAAUACAAGACAAAUCAACCGUUUUCUUUAAAUUAGUGGUGUUUGAAUUUGUUGAUAAAAUGUGGGACGUGAUUGCUUGGUUGCAGAACCAAGGGCCAAAAUGCAGUACUCAUGGGCUGUGACCAUGUGGGUGUUUGAGUGAGAGACAGAGGACAACCAAUUAGUAAAAAAGCAUAGCCCCCUUCAUUAUCAACGCAUCGUGCCUACAACAUCAAGCAGCCUUUCCAGACUCCGCCAGACUAGGAGGUGGGGGGAUUGGAGAAGAUAUGAACACAUAAAAAUGUCACACGUGUUCUACGAACUUUAAGCUCUGCAUGCUGAUCUUUCUCUCUCUCUCCAUCUUUGUUUCUCUACUCUGCCACACACUUUCUUUCAUACUCUCUCACACACACACACACACCCCUUUUCUGACGACUUGGAGUAAACCCCUAUUAUUACUGCAUUCACCCGCCUACAUUUUUACGCUUCCUUCCUCGACUGCAAGACAGUCAGUCACAGGGAAAUAACAGCAAAGCCCUGCAGAUAAGGCAUCUGCCUAGCAUCGGGGUGUCAUGGGAACUGUAAAAUGAGUGUUUCAUCGACUGUGAGCCGAAAAAUCAGGUUUGAAGGAAGGAUUUAUCCCGCCCAUAAAUUAUGAGCCCAAUGUUUGGUUUGUUUCUCUCACUCCCGGUGGGGAGAUGUAGCGCCGCACUGCCCCCCCCUUCUCCUCCUCCUCCCCUCUCUCUGUUCCCUGGGGUGUCUGUGGCAGCUCUUCUCUCCUCCGCACAGUGUGUUGUGCAGUGCCUCCUUGUCUCUGCUGCUGCAGAGCUUUCUCCCAGGAUCUCUGCCUCUUCUCUCUUUCUCUCUCUUGCUCUCAGCUUUGACGGUGAUAGGGAAGGCAGUGGGGUCUCUAUCGUUCUCACACGCACACACUUACACGGGUGCACGCAGUGUGUCGGAGAAGGGAUGGGGCAGUUGUUUGUCAGUCUGGAGUCCUGCAGUCCGUGGAAGGGAGGAAAGCGCCGGUUGUAGUCUGUGGAAGGGAGGAAAUCGCCGGUUGUGUGCCGCGAAACCCACAUUGCUCACAGUGGAGUGUUUCUCCCAGUCUGCAGCUAACAACAACAGCAGCCACAUCAGUUUUUCAGAGCAGCACUCCCUCCCUCCCUUCUUCCUCCUCUUCAUCUCUCUUGCUCUUUCUCUCCCUCCCUUUCUGUCGCUCGCACUCCUGCUCUCAACACUGCCGCCAAUGUAGCGUUCUGAGGUAGCAAGCAAGUAGCCAUGGCUUUAAUUUUUCUACCACAAUGACAAGCGGUGGACAGACAGCUGGAGAAAGACGGACAGUCCGGCAGAUCUGAGGGGAAAGGCAUUUGAUGGACAUCAGUUGGAUUUAACCCCCCCCUUCAUCCCCCUGCCAGCCUCAUCCCUACAAAUCCUCUCCCUCACUCUCGCUCUCUAUCCAGUUUCACUGGCUCUCUUCAUGUAAGAUUACCAUCGGCUACUAACGCUAAAGCACCGCUGCACAGGGCUGUCUGGGAGUGAGGGGAAGCUGAGGCUGACCCAAAACAGGGAAGAAGACUGAAGAGGAAGCCCCUGAACUGGAGCAUAAAAAACACAGUAAAAAAAGCUGCAGAAAAGGGUUGCUGCCCUGCCUGGCCUGUUUCUCAUUGACAGACACACACAGGAUGUACAGCUCUGGUCUGAAGCUUGCCACACCGUGGAUCAAUACCCUCCUGCCUGCCUUUUUCUUAUGCAUUUUUUCUCACGGGAGAGUGAAGCAUCUUGGGAUUUACCGUCAUUUCGUUUCCACCUAACUACAGCGAGGCUUGCCCCGCUGGUCAGCACUUUCACCUGCCCAUGUCCAACCUGUGUGUGUAUGAGUGUGUCUGUGUUUGUUUGUGUGUAUAAUUAGCUAGCUCGGCGCCAGAGGGAGUGUAUAUUUGCUUACAUGUGCAUCCGUGUGAGCUGCUUGGCUUGUAAUUACUUGUAUGUGUCUGUGGGUGCUGUCUUGUGUCCAUGUGUGUGUGGGUAUAAAUGUAGGAAUUUUGUGUGGAUUAAUUAGUAUGAUGCCCAGUAUUGGUUCCUUGCCCCAUCCCCUCCCUCAUUCCUGCCCUUUUGUCAUUGGUGCCCCGGUUUGACCCCUGACCUUUGAAGGCAUCAGCAGGAUGAGUGAGCACUCGGUAGCAAGCACUCUGGGGGCCAUGACCCUGGAAGAACCCGGGGGCGAACAGGUCUCCCCUCGGGCCCCGGGGCCUCUUCGCUGUGGGCCCUGUGCGGUGUGGCACCGGCAGCAGACCUGGCUGUGCGCAGUGCCCUUAGUGAUGGGCUUCGUGGGCCUGGGCCUUAGUCUCAUGCUGCUCAAAUGGAUUGUAGUGGGUUCCGUUCAAGACUAUGUGCCCACAGACCUAGUGGAUGCCAAGGGCAUAGGGCAGGACCCCAUCUUUCUCUCCGAACCCAGCGCUCCACCCAAGCGGCCAGACACUAUGACCACGACUACAAAGACCACUGCCACCGCGUUUGUCUCCACCACCUCUCUAGAGGCCGACGGCACGGUCCCAGCCCCGAGAACUCAAUUUGGGUUGCCCUCCAACCACUCGGUCCCGCACCUCCACAACUGGGUUGGCAGUGGCACCCGUGUGACUGGCACCACCACCCGCACCACACGACUCCCCCCGCCCGGGGGUAAAGAAGUGACCCCACACAGCACCACGGUACUUUGGGUCAGCGGCACAGCCAAUGGUCGUAAGGAUAAGGACCCCCCGAACUCACGAGCCGGUCCAACCUCCAAAGCUACUAGCACAACCUCUACCGCCAACACCACAACCAAGGCGCUACCACCAACUUUUCCACCAUCUCCCCCAGCCAAGCCCACCGGGCACUGGAAACCUGGACGCUCUGCGAAAGGUCCCGCUACACGCCCUCACCACCGCUACAGAACACUGGCUCCCACAUCCCCUAGUCUGCGUUCGGAUGUCUUCAAGUCAUGCAUCGACGACAAGGAUCUGGCCUUCUGCCUCAACGAGGGCGAGUGCUCCAUCAUUGAAACAGUAGCAGGAGUACACAGGCACUGCAGGUGUAAAGAGGGUUACCACGGACUACGCUGUGACCAGUUUGUACCCAAGACGGACUCCAUCUUAUCUGACCCAACAGAUGAACUGGGCAUCAAGUUCAUGGAAAGCCGUGAGACUUACCAGAGGAAGGUGCUGUCCAUCUUCAGCAUUGCCUCAGGAAUCGGUUUUCUCGGAGUGGCAUGCAUGGCUCUCUACCGCCGCAACAAGAGACACAGGGAAAAGCUCCGGGCACACUUCUUGGAGAGCCGUAACCUGAGGGUGUGCAGUAUCAACGCCUCUGGGUUCAUGUCUAAAUCCAGCCCCAGGCCUCAGUGUGGCUGGCAGCUUCAAACGUGCUACAAAUCUCAUGGGUCCUCCCCUCCUCAAGGGUGCAGCAGUCUGUCAGCUGGCGCACCCACAGCAGCUCCACCGCUUCUCAACAGAGCACUCACCAAAGGGAAAAGCUUCAGGAGUAGCUCCCUGUCCCUCAGUUCAGCCCAAAGACACCAGGACACUCAUCACUUCAGGACCCUGCCAAUCUCUCGGGGACCAAGGGUUGCUGUCCCAGCCUAUAAGCACCUGCAAGAGGUAGAGUCUACAGAGAUGGAGGCGGAAUCUUUAAGAGGGUUUGACACUGGGAGGGAUGGUGGUGACGACUGCCAGCGCAGCGGGUUCCAGAAUAUGCAAACCCUGUCUCGUUCCGCGUGGAAGAAAGAUUGGAGGGAGGUGCCCUACACCCGUCUGGACAGAGGACUAAAACCUGCUCCUCCCUCUCUCCGCACACGAUCGGUCCCCAUCAUCCCCUCUCUCCAGGGACAUGACCGUGAGGGGGGUCACAUGGAUAAGACCAGGCAGGGGGUCUCGCAGGGAGGGGGUCUCGCUGGGCCAGGUCACAAGGCCCAAGGACCUGCCAGUGGCAGCAGCCACACCCCCCGUCACUCAACCACCUCUUCCUCUGAGACUGUACUAGAAUCUGAGGCCAGACCCAGUCAUGUGCGUCCCUGCGGCGCUAAGACUGCACUGGGGUUAGGGACAAGCCCUAGCCACAUGCACCAUGGCUCCUCUGAAACUCCAGUAGGGCCAGGGGGCUCAUUCCAACACUGUGGCUUUUGUCCCUCCGGGACAGCAGCAUCCAGAUCAGGUGUUGCCAGGUUGAACAGCACGAACACUAUUAUUGCUGUGACCGUGCUGGAUUCCGAGGGAAAGAGCAUGCGAUAUACACCCAGACUGCUAUACAGCUGUCCCGGGAGCAGGGGUCCUCAGGUAGGAGGCCAAAGGGAGGCCCAGGGGCUCGGUGAACAAUACCCCCCCCACCCCUGAUGGAUGGAGGGGCAAACUGCUUCCUGACAGCAGUGGUGAGCAGAGGUGCUGGAAUUGAUUAUGCCAAAACUUCUGCCAGCUGAUUGGACUAUAUCUUGCCGACAGGUGUGGUGAUAUUGAUGAUUUGUCGCCACAGAUGGUUUGAUUACAUAGCAGGUUAGGAUAAUUAAUGUGCAAAGAUGACAAAAUACAAUAUGAAAAUAAACUACAAAAUACUUAUAUUUUGAAAUGUAUUUAAUUAAAAUAAAUGUAUUUUGUAUUUUAAAAUACAGAAAUACAUUUGCAAGUUGCCGGCCCGAACAGCAACAACAUUUUCAGUAACGGUUACUGAAACAUUUUACUUGCGAUGACUGUGAUAUGUUGUUGUUUAUCUACCUUAGUUGAAUGCACUGACUGUAAGUCACUCAGGAUAAGAGUGUCUGCUAAAUGACCAAAAUAUAAAUGUAUAUGUGAAAAUAAACAUACCAAAAUAAACUGCAAAGCACACUAGGUAUUACUAUUGGCCUUGUUUCAUGGCGAAGCUCAUUAGAGUAAUACUCAGCAUGCUUUUCAAUUGUUCAUUUGUACAUAUACAUUUACAUUUCGUUAAUUUAUCAGAUGCUCUUAACACACCAUAUUGCCAUCAGAAUUCUGAUACCAAUGCAGGGUGAAAGGUGGCCACAAAAUUGUGAACCGCUAUAAAAAAACGGUAUAGAAAAAAGUAUUUUGUCAUUUGAAAAUACUAAUUACAACAGUAUCUUGUUAAAACAUACAUUGGAGUGCAGUUCAGCCCAGUGUAAUACAAAUUACACAAAAUACACAUUUCAAAUACAUGUAACAGAAAUACUUCCCAUCUCUGGUUGCAGGUUAGGUGAAUUAACGUGGUAGGUUAUAAUUAACACAGCAGGUUUGGUGAAUUAACGUAGCAUGUUAGGUGAAUGAGGUUAAGGUUAGGAAAAGGGGUUAGGCGUAGCUACAAUGCUACAGUUGUCAACAACUGUUGUCCCUGACGUGGCCACUAGUUUGAGCUCUAGUCCUCCAUCUGGCCACAAUGUUAAAAACAUAACGAACAAUAUCUGGUGACAAAUCAUCAGUAACAUGACACCUGCAGGAAAAGAUUCUGCAAACCUGCAUCGACAACACGAGGGGAGUGGGACCACCUGCCUAACAAAUUGGACCAAUCACAGAUGGCCCAUGGUUUCUGUAAUAGAGCCACAGCAGCCUGGACUGCAGAGAGGAAUUUAUUGAUACAUUUAAGACCUUGAAUUAUUAAGAAUACACACACAGUCUAUGUGAAUAAUGUGAAACAAUGCAGACGGACAUAAAGACUGGAGUGGGAGCUUGAUUUAAAAGUGUAUAAAAUAAUAUAUACAUUAUCUAUAUGGCACUAUUUAAACAACGCUUCUACUUAGAAACCAAAAUAGUGUGUCAUCGCUAUGUUGUUUCUCUAUUGUAAAGAAAUCUAAUCGUAUAUGUCAUAUAUAUAUAUGUCCUAUAGACGUAUAUAUACUGUAUAUUUGACAUGACAACGUGACUAAAUAAAGACAAUGACUACAGUGUUAAA